AUGAUAGCUAUUCAGCGAUUACACAAGGAGACGUUACAGAAACAAUGUGAGAAACUGGAGUUGAAGACCAUCCUGAUAAAGGAGAAGGUGCAGAAAUUUCAGCUGGUAGAUCGCUACACGGAGUUAACAAUUAUUUCUGAUGUACGUGACCGGGAACUGGUAGAACAUGAGCUGCUGGCGAGAGGCAGAGAACACGAGGAGUGGAGACAGAAGCAACUCCGGGGAGAGCUGGAAAAAAUCCGAACUGAUAAACUGUUCCACAGCAGCUUCUCAAAAGGAAGUCAUUUACACUCCUCUCAGGGAAGCGGUUCUGACUCUCCCACUGGGACUUCCGCAGUAGUGAGUGGAGUGGCUGGGAUUGGAAAAACAACCAUGGUGCAAAAGAUUGUCCAUGACUGGGCCACAGGCAAAAUCUAUCCACGCUUCCACUUUGUAUUUGUUUUUAAGUUCAGAGACCUAAACAGACUUUAUGACAGAGCAACACUGAGCCGUCUGAUCGGGGAGCAGUAUCCUUACCUCAGGGGUGUUUUGGAUGAGCUGUGGAAACACCCAGAGACAUUGCUCUUUAUAUUUGAUGGUUCUGACAUUGUGUACAGUUUAAUACAGAAAAAGCUGCUGCCAGGCUGCUCAGUGCUGGUGACCAGCCGCCCCACUGCAUUACAUUUACUGGCAAAGGCUCAGGUCAGUGUCUGGGCUGAAAUCCUGGGAUUUGUGGGUGAAGAGAGAAGGGAAUAUUUUCACAAGUUUUUUGAAGAUCAGGAGGUGGCGGCUGCUGUUUACAGCCACGUGGAGGAGAACGAGCUCCUGCUCACCAUGUGCUACAACCCGUCCUACUGCUGGAUCCUCGCUCUGUCUCUGGGUCCCUUCUUUACACGGAAACACAGCAACAAACAGCGUGUCAGGAUGGAUAGCCCCCGUGAUGUGAUGCUGAAGAUCGGUGACAUGGCCUUCACUGGAGUCUCCCAUAGAAACAUUGUCUUUUAUUCUGAAGAUCUGGUGAAAUCUAACCUCCAACCUUCCCAGUUCCUCUCUGGCUUUCUCAUGGAACUUGUGGAGAGAGAGUCUUCAGAGCACAGCGUGGUCUACACAUUCCCGCACCUCACCAUCCAGGAGUUUGUAGCCGCACUCGCUCAGUUCCUCUCUCCUGAUUCCAAACGCACCAUGCGGUGUUUGAUCCGCAGUGACAUGGAGGAGGACGGCCGGUUUGAGAUAUUCCUGCGCUUUGUUGCUGGUCUCUCCUCCCCACGGGCAGCUCAGCCACUGGAGGAUUUUCUGGGGCCAUUUGUUCAUCAGACAACCUGUGCGGUGAUCGAUUGGCUGGGGGAGAAGUUUGAAGCUCAGAUUAAAGACACAGACACCAUCACUGGGAAAGGGAAGCUGCUGAAGACGCUCCACUACCUGUUUGAGUCUCAGAAUCAAGCCCUGGCACAGCAAACACUGGGCUCUGUACACACACUGACAUUUGGUGAUGACUCUCCGCGGAAAGCAUUGACACUGACACCGAUAGACUGUGUUGUGCUGUCUCAGGCUAUUGGACUUUGUGACACAAUAAAACAACUGAAUCUGAGGAACUGCUACAUUCGGUAUGAGGGUCUCCAGCGUCUGGUUCCUGCUCUGCACAAGUGUCAGGAGUUGCAUAUUCCCUGUGUUUGUGUCCCUGUGUCCAGGUUGGGGGGCAAUAAUCUGGGAGAUUGUGGAGUGAAGCGACUGUGUGAGGCUCUGAGGAACCCGGAGUGUAAAAUACAGUCCGCUCUCAGCACAAACCACUCACUGACGGAGCUGUACCUCAAUAUUAAUAAACUGGGAAAUUGUGGAGUUGGGGAGCAAUAA